AUGGAAGAAAUUAAGAAUUGCAAAUGGAAUCCAUGGGAGUGUUUGAAAUCUAUUGAAAUUGUUACCAUUUGGAAAACAAAGUCAGAUCCUUCUUUUCUCUCUUGUAUUAUCACUUGUUACAUUUUAAUCCUUCUUUAUUUCCCUCCAAGCUUUUCUCUUAAUCUCCAAUUUUCUCUUCUUCUACUUUUAAGUGCUUCACUCUUGCUUUCUCUCCUUCGUCUUUGUUGUGCCAUACAAAGAAUCCAAACAGAAACCAUAGCAAAAACAAGCCUUGUUGAAGCAAUAAAAACAGGUUCUUCACCAAAAGAGAUGAGUUUCGAAGAAAGGUUUGUGGAGUGGGACGUGAGAGCUCCGUUAGAGGUUAUUUAUGAAGAUUAUGAAGGAGAAGAAGCUUUGGAUCGUGGUAUUGAGAGGUACACUUCGUUGUCGCGUCGCUACUCGGAACCUGAACCAGAUAGCUUGUUCUCGGAGAUGGGGUUUCCGGUGAUCAGAGAGUGGGUUUCGUCGGAGAAGAGGUGUUGGAGAUGGGAAGAAGAAGAAGAGGAAGAAGAAGAUAGAGAAGGACUGAUAGAGAUAGCUUUGGAUUUUUAUGGAGAAGAAGAUAGCUUGAUAGAGAUUGAUAUUUCUUCCAUUAAGGUUUAG